AUAUGCAAUCAACGCUAACUCUGACUGCUCCACCUCUCUCACUCUCUUUAUUUAAUCCGCCUUAUUCAUUCAUUUCGUUAAAUUCUCGUACUCAGAAACAAAGGAUUGUGACAGCACAGACAUUAUUUCAUCUCAUUGUAUAACUCAACACUAAAAGAGCCAACGAUCAUUGCCAUCUAAGAAAUUAUAGGAAUCCCUUAUUUUCCUAGAGAAAUUUUGGACAACAUGGCUCUAUAUCCGUCUCUGGAGGACAUGAAGGUGGAUCAGAUGAUGAAGGCUCAAUUGCAAUCUGAGUAUUCGGAGUAUGCAUCUCAGAUGAAUACGACUCCAUCACGAGCGUCAGAAGUUCCAUCGGCACCAAUUCUCAAUCGACAGGAAUAUGCAGAAAUUUCGGGACCAUUGUAUCCUGCAUUGGCAGACUAUAUGGGUCUUGAAUUAACUGCGGAAAUGAUUGAAGCUAAUAUGCCUGAGUAUUCGAUUGCUGUUCGCCAAUCUACGGAAAUUACAACAUCUGGACCAAUUGCUGGUAUGACAGCACCACUCUCUGGAGAUUCUCUGGGUUUACAACGAGCUCAAGUAUCACAUGGAAUUCGAGAGUUGACUCUCUGCAAAGAUAAGGAUGGAAAAAUUGGACUUCGUGUACACUCGAUAAAUAGUGGAAUAUUUGUGUGUCUUGUGAGUCCUAAUUCUCCAGCAGCUCUUGCUGGCCUCAGAUUUGGCGAUCAAAUUCUUGAUAUCAAUUCAACUUCAGUUGCUGGUUUUACAAUGGAUCAAGUGCACAAGUUAUUGAGAAAUGCCCCGAUUAAUGGUAUCAAAGUGAUCGUCAGAGACAGACCAUUCGAGCGCACAGUGACAAUGCACAGAGACAGUUCUGGUCAGAUUGGUUUUCAAUUUAAAGAAGGUAAAAUAAUAGCUCUCGUCAAAGACUCGUCAGCAGCUCGAAAUGGCCUUCUUACUGACCACCAAAUUUUAGAGAUUAAUGGCAAGAACGUUGUUGGACUCAAGGACAAGGAAAUCGCUGCAGAAAUUUCUCAAGGCUCAGAUGUCGUGACAAUUACAGUAAUUCCCUCGUACAUCUAUGAUCAUAUGAUCAAAAAGAUGUCAAGCAGUCUCUUGAAGCUGAUGGACCAUUCAGUGGCAAACCUUUGAAUACCUUCAUCACACCAUAUCGAGAAUAUCUUUUACCUACUAAUUAUUGCUAUUCGUAUUUUUACGUAAAUGAAUCAUAUAUUUUAAAUGACCAAGUGCCACAUAACAGUUGUUUCAACUAUUGGAAAGUUCAUUCCGUUGUUUUUAAAAUCGUGUAUACAUUACUCAAUAACAUAAAACACGAAAAAAAAAAAUUAUGACAUCGUGAUACAAUAUACGUAGACAAACAGAA